AAAGAAGUUUGCAGCAGAUCGUUUCCAGACAUCGUAUUUAUAUAAGGAGUGCCUAGAACUCUGGCUUUAGUACGUCUUAGAAAUUCGUGCAGCAUGUUUCAUCACACCAAAUAAAACAGGUUUCUGAUACAGUAUUGAACUUAGUAUCUCCGAUAAACGCUGUAUUUAAUAUUUAAAGGAAAAUAUAGUUAGCGUUCGUGCUACUGUACACACACCAUUGUUCAAAUUUACCAUGGGUAUUCAAAGAAAAGUUUUCGUCACACGGAAAGUUCCGCAAGCCGGAGUCGAACUUUUGGAAGAGGCUGGAUGUAAUGUGGAAUUCUGGGACAGCGAUGAAGCGAUUCCAAAGGAGGAGCUUAUACGGGGGAUAUCCGGUGCCCACGCUCUGUUCUGUAUGUUGACGGAUACGAUUGAUGGCGAGGUGCUGGAUGCUGCUGGACCAAAUUUACAGGUUGUAGCCACAAUGUCUGUUGGAUAUGAACACAUUGAUCUAGAAGCAUGCCGUGAACGAGAUAUUCGUGUUUGUAACACACCUAACGUGUCCACAGACAGUGUGGCUGAGUUAACAGUGGCAUUGCUGUUGCUCACUGCUCGGCGAUUGCUAGAAGGGGUCCAUGCUGUUAAAGAUGGCCAAUGGGGGAAGUGGAAGCCUAUGUGGUUGUGUGGUAUGGAGCUGGCACAGAAAACAGUUGGGAUACUUGGACUCGGGCGGAUUGGGUUUGGCGUUGCUAGGCGACUGAAGCCAUUCGGAGUCAAAACAAUUUUGUACCACGACGUUUGCAGAGUAGGUUACGCAGACGACUUCGGGGCCAGUUUCGUAGAAUUUGAUAAGCUCUUGAUUGAAUCAGAUGUUAUUUGUAUUUGCUGUAAUCUUACGCCACAAACAAAGCACAAAUUCAACAAAUCUGCUUUCAAAAAGAUGAAAAGGCACGCCAUAUUGGUGAAUAGCGGAAGAGGCGGAGUGAUACAACACGAUGAUCUACUCGAGGCAUUGAUUUCUGGUGAAAUUGCUGCGGCGGGACUGGACGUUACUGAACCAGAACCACUUCCGGCGGAUCACCCGCUUGUUUGUCAACCGAACUGUAUUGUUCUUCCGCACAUGGGAAGUAACACUUGGGACUCUAGAAACAGUAUGUCGGAAACAACAGCAAAGAACAUUUUAGCAGUACUUGAUAAUCAAAAUGCAGUGGGUUUGGUGCAGUAGAAUGAGUGCUGAAACUUC